AUGGCCAUCUCCAUCCUAUUCCCACUGAUUAUGCCCAUUCUCAUUGUUGGAUCACACCCACUGAUCACACCCAUUCCUAUUCGCCCCAUCAUUGCCAUGCCCAUCACGACCAUUCGGCCCAUCGUUGCAAUUCGGAUCCGCCCCAUCAUUUCCAUUCGGCCCAUCUUUUUCAUUCGGCUCAUCAUGCCCAUCAUGCCCAUCAUGCCCAUCCUGCUCAUCCUGCUCAUCAUGCCUAUCAUGCUCAUCAUGCCCAUCCUGCCCAUCAUGCCCAUCAUGCCCAUCAUGCCCAUCAUGCCCAUCAUGCCCAUCAUGCCCAUCAUGCCCAUCAUGCCCAUCAUGCCCAUCAUGCCCAUCAUGCCCAUCAUGCCCAUCAUGCCCAUCAUGCCCAUCAUGCCCAUCAUGCCCAUCAUGCCCAUCAUGCCUAUCAUGCCCAUCAUGCCCACCGUGCCCAUUCCCAUUCCCAUUCCCAUGGCUCAUGGCCUGAGCCGAGCUGACCUCCACUGCAGAACUACAGCUGGCAUCUCUCCAACCACACUCAUGCCCGAAGCAGAGCGACUCGUGUUGGAUUACGAGCCAACGAGAAUGGGUGCGAAACGAGAACCUGUCGGGAUUUCGUGA